UUUCAACAUGAAGCCUCAUUGACGCACCAUUUUACCACCACAGCAACACCAGCGCCAGAACGAAGCUUGCUUUUUCUCUGAAUAGAUUUUUGACCCCCAAGCUUGUGUUUUUCCUCCCCUCUUGUAUUAUUUCGUGUGUGCACGGCUGGUCGGGGCUUGCUGUCACUGCGCGCUGAGAUGUUGGAGUGACCAUGGCUGCGCAAGUGGCAUCGGCUCCGACCAGAACUAAUAACAAAAAUAAGAAAUUAGCCGGCGGUUUGGGUCCCGAGCUCAAUUCGGGGAAAUCCGGAGGAGGUGGAGGAGGAGGUACAGUACAGCGAACUGGACCGAUGCUGGGUGCUGGAGAUGGGACUCUGAAUAAUGUAGAUCAUCACCGCCGAAACGAUCUCAGCAUGGUCCAUUCAACUUCCACGAGUCACAACGUUCCGGACAGCCACGACAAGGCUGGGAAUAACCUCACGUCCGCCACGGCGUCGACCAAUUCAACCACUUCCUCGAUGGAAUCGGGUCUGAUCGCGAACCACAAGCUGAAAUGUGUGGGGAGCGGAGAUCCCCCUCAGUCUCAACCGCCGCCGCCGCAGCAGCCGCCGCAAUUCGGCCAGUUUGCGCCACAUCAGCAGCGACAGAUGCAAAGUAACAACACCACCAAUAACAACGGCCAAGUGCCCCGUGGGGACAGAAGUAUGGAUCACCAACACCACAGCGGCAAAGAGAACCUGUUGGGGGGCCAGGAGGAGCCACAGCAGCAGCACAUGACAGGGAAAGGUGAAGUGGACCUCACCUGUAAACCCUCCGAGAGGAUGAUGGGUGCCAGGUAUGAACAUUCCAACUUGGGGCCACCAAAUAACAACUCCGAGUUUAAUAACAACUAUUAUACUCCAAGGCCCUGCUAUGAGCAACAUGGCGGGCAGCAGCAACAAAGCGGUGGGAUGGGGAUAACGCACUCCUCGGCACAUAACAGCAUUGAGAACUCCCACGAAGCAGGGUACCACAACAGCCAGUACAGCCAGUAUCCGGCGUACCGAGCGGGCUACGGCGGCGGGGGCUACGGGAUGAUGGGCCCCUCAGGAUGUCGGCAACCUGGAAACAUGAUGAUGGGCAGCAACUCCUCAGCAAGUCAUAGCAAGUCUCCUCUGGGAGCUGCUUCGGGUGGCUUUCAGAGGUUCCCGGGACAAACUCAGCAGCAGCAUCCUUCGGGGGCCACCCCGACCCUCAACCAGCUGCUGACUUCCCCCAGCCCGAUGAUGCGAGGCUAUGGUGGUGCCUAUCAGGACUAUACCGGCCCUACGGCCCAGCAACAAGCCGGCAUGGGCCCGGGAAAAGACGUGGGGCCCCAGUAUGGAGCCACUUCGGCUCACUGGGGAGGGCAGCAGAGAAGCCAUCCGCAUGUCAUGAACCCCGGCAACGGAGGGCAAGGCCUCGGCAGGACGCAGGUUUCCUCCAUGGACUUCAUGGCUAUGAAGCGCUCACAGCUCUAUGGCAUGGCCAACAAUCCCUACUCCACCCCACAGCAGCCAGGAGGCGGACCCUAUCCCCCUAGCCAGCCAUACACGUCGCCUCCCCCUCAUCGAUACCCAAUGAGCCUACAGGGAAGGGGCCAAAUGGGCAUGGGUGGCAUGCAGUAUCCUCAGCAGCAGCAGGUGGUGCCAUAUGGCCAACAGGGGAUGGUUGGCUACAGCCAGCAACCACAGCAGCAGCAGCAGGGGGGGCAGCAGGGAACCCCUCCAUACUUCAGCCCCCCCCAUCAGACUCCUCCAGGACCAACCCAGAGCCCCUACCUGCAGCCUCGACCGCCACUGCAACAGGAGGCCCAGCAGGAGAGCUACAGCAUCAGGGGUCCUACCCCAGGGAAUUCUGGGAAGGCUAACAAUGAGGACAACGUCUCCCAUGAGCGCCCCUCCAGUCUGCCGGAUCUGUCUGGCUCGAUUGAUGACCUCCCCACCGGGGAGGCUGGUCUCGGCUCGGCCGUCAGCGCUGGCGGCUCCUCCAGCAGCAGCAGCAGUAGCCAAGGGGAGCAGGGAGGCACUGGUAACCAGGGACAGUCCCCCUUCUCCCCUCAUGCCUCCCCACACCUCCCCAGCCAGAGGAGCGGGCCCUCUCCCUCUCCUGUUGGCUCCCCUGCAGGCUCCACUCAGUCCCAGCAGUCCCGAUCGGGUUCUGGCCCCAUCUCUCCUGCCAGCGCACCCUCUGCCAACACCUCUGCGCCAGGUUCAGCCAUGGCCCCACAGAACUCUGGGAACGGACCUGAUGGAGCUCACCCACCAAUCACACGCUCACCUAUGGCUCAGGACAGAGGGUUCAGCAUGCAGAGGAUCCAAGCUGGCUCCCAGUUUGCUUCUCCACAGACAGGACCUCCGAUGUCCCCGCACCCUUCACCUGGGGGCCCGCUGUACCCCGGAGUGGGUCCGUACUCCCAGGGUGGCCCCACGGGCCCUUACGGACCGCACGGACCUCAGUAUGGACACCAAGGCAACUACCCACGGCCCUCCAACUACAGCGGGACAGCGAGUACCAGCUACAGUGGCCCCAGCCCCGGCAUAACCAACAGUCUGGGCAUGAACGCUACCAGUCCCAUGCACGGCCAGGGGCCCGGCCAGCCCGUACCCGGAGGACGCGGCCCAGGCACAGGCAGCCAAAACAGGGUGUACCCAGCCAUGGGUCCCAGUUCCCCCAACAUGCCCCAGCCAGCUGGGCCCGGGAUGGGUCCUCCUUCUUUGGGUAGCUCUAGCCGCAAGACCCAGGAGGUGGCAGCAGCUGCCAUGCCGGGAUCUGCCAACUCAGUACACAGCAGGCUGCCUCUGUACACGAGGCCCCCAGCCCAGAUGCAGCUCCGCUCCACCCACUGGCCCACACCCCACCCUUCUUCCACCUGUCCACCACCUUCAUCUCCACCCAGACCUCAUCCUCCACCCAUCCUGGCACCUUCACCUUCACAGCAUCAUAGCAGGCAGGGCAGCUACCAAGGCCCUGGCAUGAGCCAAGUGAGCACUGUCCCCUACAGUCAGCCAGCGGGCAGCAUCACUUCAGCCACAGGCAACACACAAGGACCAAGCUACAGUAUGCCUCCUUCAGGAUCCGUGGGACUGUCAGGAGACGGCAUAAUGAGCCCCGAUGGUAAACCCAAAAUGGACAUCAAAGAUGACGGCGGCCCCGCCAACGAGCCCCACAAACCAAAGCUGCAAGACGGUUACAUCAACAAUAACAGCAGCGGCGGCUCCCAGCAGUGUGUGUCCCAGCCAGCCACUCCGGGCGGUGCCCUACCGGUGCCCUCCCCCCUCUCACCGAGCCCCGCCAGCCUGUCCUCCUACCACGGAGAUGACAGCGACAGCAUCAGCAGCCCCCCCUGGCCUCUCAAGACUCCCUCCAGCCCCAAAACCAACCCUAACUCCUCCUCGUUCAGCGGCGAACGAAUCACGCGUCUGUACGAGCUCGGCGGAGAGCCAGAGAGACGAGGCUGGGUGGAGCGAUACCUGAAUUUCAUGGAGGAGCGGGGCACGCCGGUUAGUCAGCUUCCCACUGUGGGCAAAAAGCCCCUGGACCUCUGGAAGCUCUACACGGCUGUUCGGGAAAUAGGAGGCCUCGCCAUGGUAAACAAGAACAAGAAGUGGCGUGAGCUGUCCAGCACCCUGAACGUCGGCACAUCCAGCAGCUCUGCCAGCUCACUGAAGAAGCAGUACAUCCAGUAUCUGUUUGCCUAUGAGUGUAAGAUGGAGAGGGGGGAAGAGCCUCCAGCAGACAACAGCAGCAUGGCUGGAGGGGACAACAGGAAGCAGGUCAAGAUCCAGCCGCCUUCACCUGCUAAUUCAGGUGGCUCCCUCCAGGGCCCGCAGACACCUCAGUCCUCUGGCAGCAGCUCCACAGCAGAGGCAGCGGGGGACCUGAAACCCCCCACUCCUGCCACCACCCCUCUGGGACAGGUCACACCACUGCCCCCCAGCAGGAGUAGCGUGAGCAUACAGGACCCCUUCUCGGAGGUGAGCGACCCGGCUUUCCAGAAGCGGACCCCCACCCUGCCCCCCUCAGUUCCGUACCAGCAGAGCCUCAGUGUGCCUGACAUGAUGAUGAGGAUGCAGUACGAUGCCAAGGACCCCUUCGCUGGGAUGAGGAAGAUGGCCGGAGCAGAUCCUUAUAUGCCAGGCCAGAUGCCUGGAAGUGGUAUGCAGGACAUGUAUGGUCGGCCCCCAUCAGCCCUGAGUAUGAGCCAAAGGUCGCAGUACCCAUACGGACCAGGCUACGACAGGAGACCGGACCAUAUGAUGGGGAUGGAGGGGACCAUGGGACCCCCGGGGAGUCAGAACAACAUGGGACCUGCCAACAGUGAGGGCAACAUGUACUCACCCAGCAGAUACUCUUCACAGCAGAGGCACGAUGGCUACGGUCAGCAGUAUUCCAGCAUGCCGUACGGGAUGCAUCCAUCUGGGAUGUACCCACAGCAGCAGCAGGGCUACAAACGUCCGUUGGAUGGAAUGUAUGGCCCCCCACCCAAGAGACACGAGAGCGACAUGUAUGCCAUGCAGUACACCAACCAGCAGCCGGACAUGUACAACCACUACAGCAGUGGUUACUCUGAACACAGACCCAUCCAAGGACAAUUUCCCUAUCCGUACCCCCGUGACCGUAUGGCCCCCUCGGGCCAAACCCAGCACAGUAUGCUGGGUGCAGGGCCCCCUCCUAAUCACACUGCUGAUGGGCCCAACAUGUGGCCUUCAAGAACAGACCUCGGCUACCCCUACCCCAGUAGACAGGGAUCACAAAUGCCACCAUAUGGCCCGAUUGGUAGAGAUGACAUGGACGGUCGGCCCGGGCAGGAGCAGUGGCACCGUCAGUCUCCGUACAUGUCAUCAUCAGGUGGCAUGCCUCCCUUGUCUUCACGCCAGCCAUCAUCUUAUUCCAACUGCCCAUCCAUGGCAAACCACCUGCCCAGAGCACCAAGCCCAGGGGCCUUCCAGCGCUCCAUGGACUCUCGAAUGUCACCCAGCAAAGCACCAUUCAUGUCAUCCAUGAAGAUGCCUAAGCCCAACCUGGCCAUGAUGGGAUCACAGGGCAGUGGACCAAUUGGGCACUUUCCUCCUAAUCUGAGGAGGGACCUCAACUACCCACCGGGCUCAGUGGAGGGCACCCUACCAAUUCUCAAGCAUCGACGCAAGCUAACCUCCAGGGACAGUGGAACGCCUGAGGCCUGGCGCGUGAUGAUGUCUCUGAAGUCUGGCCUGCUGGCAGAGAGCACGUGGGCACUAGAUACCAUCAAUAUCCUGCUGUAUGAUGACAGCACAGUCGCCUCCUUUAACCUCUCCCAGUUGCCUGGAUUCCUUGAGCUCAUUGUGGAGUACUUGCGCCGUUGCCUGAUUGAGAUCUUUGGCAUCCUGGAAGAAUUUGAGGUGGGGACUCAGAAGCGGUCCUUGAGUGCAGCUUCUACACAGAAAGAAAGACCUGACCAGAGCUCUGGCUCUCCUGUUCAACCUGAGCCUGAGCACUCCAAAGCACAGGAGGCCCAGGUGGCGCAAACAGGGGGUAUCACGGAGGAAGGGACACCUGUCACUGCGGAGCCAGCCAAGGAGAACGGCGAAACGGGGGAGUCCAACAUGAAAAGGGAGGACAAGAAUGAAGAAGAUGGUGAAAAGAAGGGAAAUGAAGAAGAAGAAGAGAUUGAAAAGGCGACAGAGUGUAAAACAGAGUCUGUGGAUCAGCCUGCAGCAGAGUUGGAACAUAAACCCAAACAAGCCAGCAAAUAUGAUAAGUUCCCCAUCAAGAUCGUUCACAAAGAUGACCUGACUGAAGACAUGACAGGUUACAUCACUGAGUUUACCAGUGGGUUACUACACUGGCAGGCUGGUGGAGGCGACUCCACAGCACACAUUCAGACACACUUUGAGCCCCGGAUUGAAGCACUUGAAGAUGAAACCAUAAGAAACAAGAGCAAUCAGGAGAAUAAGGUGGACGAUGAAAAGAAACCAUCACUGAAACAUAUCACAGCGACUAUUGAUGAUGUUUUGUGUGCCAGGGUUGAUGCCCUCGCCUACGGCCACCCUGCACGUUCCCUGCCAUCUUACCCUUUCAGGGUGCAUCCAGAUGGGGAGGAGGACCACAUCACCUUGCUGGAGGAUGAGCCACGCUGUCUGGACGAAGCUCCGCUCUCCACGGCGUCUGCCUGGCAGGACUCGCUGUCCAAACGGUGCGUCUGCGUCUCCAACAUUGUUCGGAGUCUGUCCUUUAUCCCUGGGAAUGACUUGGAUAUGUCCCGCCAGCCUGCUCUGGUUCUUCUGCUGGGCAGGCUGCUUCUGCUGCAGCACGUGCACCCUGAGCGGAACAGGUUCCCUCCUAGCUUCCAGAGAGAUGAGCAGCAGGAGCGGGGGCUAUCGAGCAGUAAAAACGAGUGGUGGUGGGAGUGUCUGAGUCUGCUCAGGGAGAAUGCUAUGGUCACUCUUGCCAACAUCGCUGGCCAGCUGGAUCUCUCCACUUAUCCAGAUACUAUCUGCCUUCCCAUCCUGGAUGGCCUCCUCCACUGGAUGGUUUGCCCCUCAGCUGAAGCCCAGGACCCCUUUCCAUCAGCAGCACCCCAUUCCCAGCUCACUCCACAGAGGCUGGUGCUGGAAUGCCUCUGCAAACUGAGCAUCCAGGAGGGCAAUGUGGACCUCCUGCUAGCUACGCCACCUUUCAGCCGACAGGAAAAACUCUUCACGGUCUUGGUGCGCUAUGUGGGUCAGAGGAAGGCCCAGGUAUACAGGGAGAUGGCAGUGGCUGUGCUCUCACACCUGGCGCAGGGAGACCCAACAGCAGCACGUGCUAUAGCCAUGCAGAAAGGCAGUGUGGGUAAUUUGGUAGUUUUCUUGGAGGAUGGUGUUAGCAUGGCGCAGUACCAGCAGAACCCUCACAGCUUGCUACACAUGGGGCACCCUCCCAUGGACCCACCCAGCAUAAACAUGAUGUGCAGAGCAGCUAAAGGCCUGCUGGCUAUGGCUAAAGUGGAAGAGAACAAGAAAGAGUUUGUACUGUAUGAAAGCAGAUUAUUAGACAUCUCCAUUUCCUCGGUGCUCAGUGCAGGAGUGGUUGCCAUUAUUUGCCAAGUUCUGUUUCACUUAGGGAAAUUAUGACAUGAGGAGCAGCGUGACUGGCGCGGCACGCACUAAGGCCAACAAGUGUGGUUUUCUAUUUUUAUUUAUUAAAAUGACAGAAAAUGUUUGUGUUUUUUUAAAGAAAUAUCAGCAUAUACAAAAUGUAUCUAUAUAUAUGUAUAGCUGCUGGGCGAUGUUAAAAAAAGUGGGUUUGGGAUUUGAAAGCUCAUUUUAAUACAAAUAUUUAAUACCUGCUGGUGUUGGAUUGCUGCGUUUGAUAGUUUUGUUUGCCAUUAAUUUUUCUUUGUUUACUUUUUCAGCCAAAGCUGCCACCAGAUUUUGGUGCUGAAUUCUGUGGUUCCUUUUGAGUCGAUGAGAUGUUUUUCAGUUUUAUAAAUGCCAAUAUACUCAUCAACAUUUUGUUAAUGGAGAGUAUUUAUUUAAAAUGUGACACUGUACAGUAGUUUGAACUUUUUUGCCAACAGUGGUGGACGGAAAAAAAAUGAGUUUUUAAAUUGAAAUGUAUAUGUCUCCAUCGCUGGAAGAUACAUUGUGCAAUAGGACUUAGAGCAAGUUGUCCCUUUUGAAAACCAGAGGAUGUAAAGCUUCAGACACCUGCAGUGUGUGCUCAAGGCCAUGAGGAGGCAGCAUUGCACCAGCCAAUCAACAUCAGAGCAGAGCACCUGUCAAAGAAGUGUCUAAUUGAUCAAUCAUAGCCUCAAUGACUCUCACAGAUGAGCUUUGUGUUUCCUGAUCAUGUGUUAUGUCUGUAUUUUUUCAUCACUGUGUAUAUAAACUGUUGUACACAUGAUUCUUUCAGUCUUUAUCUAGCAUAGCAGGAGAUGGGACUUUCUGACUAUUACAACAAAUGCUUUUAUUGUUGGUAAAUUUGGUAUUGUUAUUAUACAUAUUUUGUUAAUGGGGUCAAAUAUUUGAACAUGGCAGAUGUAUCUGAUGUUUCACUGUAAAAAAAAAAAUCCUGUAUGCAUUGUAUUAUAGCUGAGAAAACAAUCGCUUUGGUAAUCAAACAUGGAAGUGCCAGGGUGAGAGGAUGACUGUGGAGAUGCUACACAAGGAAACUGAGCAUAUUUCUGUUCGUUAAUGUCCUCCAUUCAUGUCAGCGGACAUAUUUUUGAAUCUAGACGAUGCUCUAAAACAAAACAUGUGAAAAGAUCCUUCAAAUGUCCUGAAAGCUCAUUGUAAAAAAAAAAAAAAAAAAAAAAUGCCUUUUUUCAUAUGACUCCAUGUCUCUUUUAUUCAGUAUACACAUUUAUACUCUGUGCUGCACAUGUCACAAAUAAAUGUACAAUGAACAUUGUUAAGCACUGGAGACCUUGCAUUAUGU